AAAUGAAUUACUUCAAGAACAGAAAAACAACAGAAAAUUGAAAGAACACAACGAAUCUUUGAAAGAAGCAAUAUAUGAAAUGGAAAAAAACUAUUCUUCAGUUGGAAGUAGAUCAGAUACUGAGAAAGAAAAUAUUAGCUUGAGAUCUGAACUCACUGAAGCAUUGAAAAACAUAGAAAAAAUGAGACAAGAAUAUACUGAUCUUUCCGAAAGAUAUGAAACAGGAAAGAUUGCUAGUAAAAGGACAAUUGAAAGUCUACAACAGGAAAAGAUAUGCUUAGAACAAGUAAAGGUCAAGUUGAGAGCUAAAUUUUACCAGAUCCAGAGUGAUUUGAAUCUUUUCAAAAGUGAGCAAUUUCAUCAACAGGAUUCCUCACAUGGAACAUUAGAAAAUCUUCUUCAGCAAAACAGAAAAUUAGAUAAUGACAGAGAACUGUUCAGAGGAAAAAUAUCUUCACUGGAAAAUGAUAAGAUUAAACUUGAGGAUAUAUUGAAUAAAAGUAAGGAAGAUAAUAAGAAAUUGCAAAGCGAUCAAGAUAAAUUGCAAGACAGUAUACUUGAAAAAUCAAAUGAGCUUAAAGAUUCAGAAGUUAGAUUGAGAAAACUUGAAACUGAUAUCUUAUUUUUUCAACACACAAAAACUGAAAAUGAGCAAUUCAAAGAAUCAUUACAUGAAUUAGAAAGAAUAAAAAGGGAGCACGAUAACCUAGAAAAAAGGUACAAAAAAGAAACAUCAGCUCGUAUGAGUUCUGAUAAUACUUCCACUAAAUUAAAGGAUGAAAAUGAUAGACUGAGGAAAGAUAGAAAUUCAGCAAGAAUAGAACUGCAAAGGGUUCUGAGGGAGAAGGAAGAAUAUUAUCAAAACCUUAAUACAGAACAAGUUCUUGCCAGAGAAGAACUUCAGAAUAAAGAGAGGGAAAAGUCUGAGUUAGUUGCUUUGUUCAAGGAUAAGGAGGACAAAGGUUUACAAAAAAUUAAACUAUAUGAAAAGGAGAUUGAUACUUUAAAAUCAAGGUGUAGGGAUGACAAUGACAAAAUGAGGCAAUCAGAGUAUGAAAUUGAAACUUUAAAAUCAAGGCGGGAGGAUGACAAUGACAAAUUACAGCGUUUUGAACAUGAGAUUGAUACUUUGAAAUCAAGGAAUAGAGAUGACAAUGACAAAAUGAGGCAAAUGGAACGUGAGAUUGAAAUUUUAAUAUCAAGGUUAACAGUAGAAAAAGCAAAUCAGUUUAGUGCUUAUGAAGUGCUGCAAAAUAAGAAUGAUCUGGAAACGUGCAAACAUCAAAAGAAGGCACUGGAAGAUGAGCGAAAGGAACUUCAGAAUGAAAAUAUUGAACUGGGAAAUGAGUUGAAGAGCCUAAAUUCAAAACUGGAACAGUUUAACGACUCUACAAAGAACAUAUCUAAUUUGAAGAAACAAAUUAAAAAUCUUGAAGAAAGGUUUGAAGAGAAUAACAGAGAAAACUCAUCAUUGCACAAAGAAAAAAAAGAACUGAAGUAUACUCUCCAGGAAAAACUAUCAGAAUUGAAAACAUUGGAAACAAGGCUUUCAGAAGAAGGAAGUGAUCAGACCUUAGAACAAAUUGGAAGAGGCAGUAUCAUCAGAGCUCAAACUAUGGUAAAUUAUGAUAAACUCUUUGCAGAAAAGUCAGAAGAAGUAACCAAAAGGGUAUCUGAGCUGUAUGAAAAUAAAUGGAAAGUAGCAAUGAUAGAGCUUGGAGAAAAUGGUGGAAAAAAGAAAAAUAUUGAAUAUCUCUUGAAAAUAUUAGAGAACGCUUACUCGUUUUGUGAACGUAUGGAAGGAAGAUUCACUGAUGAAUUUGAACAAGCUAUGUUAAAUGGUGCAGCAAAUAUCAAGGAAGUAGUUGAUACUACAGUCUUUGUGAGAUCAAUACUAGAACGGCUCGAACGUUGUAUGAACCAGAUGUUUUUGCGAGAAUAUAGUGAAUAUCAGGAGCAUAGGACGAGUGAGCCUGUGCAUACCUAUAUAACAGACGACCUGUCACUCUCUUGGUUUAUGGUUACUCGAAAUCCUCGUGUUUUCAUAUCAACCACAAUACCAAAAGAGUCUCAUCCACAAUUAUACGAUUCUUACAGCACGGAUGGGUUAGAAGUAGAUUAUGUUGUCCUACCUAUAGUUAAAUGGUCUACCAAUGAGAACAAAAUCAUCCGCAAAGGAAUAGCAGCCUUCAAAUGAAAUGGGAUGCAUUUGUGUUGGAUUAUUUUAUCUUAUUAGACUUUUCUUGAUAUUUGUAUAUCUAUACACCUAAUAUAUAAUUGAAUACUUUUCAAAGAAAUUGGAUGCAUUAGUGUUGGUUUAUCAAAUCUUAUUUUACUUUUUUUGAUAUAUGUAUAUAUGUAAACCUGAUAAUUAAUUGAAUACUUUUCAAACAAAUUGGAUUCAUGUAUGUUGUUUAUUCUAUUUCAUUAUACUUUUCCUGAUAUAUAUUUAUAGAUUGAUAAACUUCUCCUUUAUUUUAUUGUAUUUUGCUAACCUUGAUUUGUGGCUUUUUAUCUUCGGAAUAUAUACAGGUCUAUUUUGAGCAUAUUACUGUAUACAUUAAAUGACAACAGUAAUAAUAAUAACUUAAUGACAUUCAAUUACAAAUUAAGUCAUUGAAAACUUAACAGAUAAGAUAUGCAAUGCUCUUAAUUAGGUGAAUGUGCAUAUGAAAUUGUUUGGAGGAGAAGAGAUAAGAUAGUUAAAGUGUGUAUUAUCCGUCCAUGCUUAUUUAGUUUUUACAAUACAACAAAAAAGGCUAUUGAUACAUUUUGCGUUCAAAGUGCUUUUUGGGAUUUUUAUUUUUUCAGAAAAGAUAAAAGCCAAACAUUUAAGAAGGACAGGUAAAUAAUUUUGCUCACAUUUGAACUUUUCUAUUUAAUGUUUCCUCUUUUGUUUCUUUUAAAGAAGAUUUUUUUGUUAAAUAAACUGAAUGUGACUUAUUUCCUUUGUAAUACUGGUUAUUUCAAGCAUUCCUGUCAAGUUUUGUCAUAAUCAUUUCAAUAGUUUGAGAAAAUCUAGUAUAAUGUAAGACGACAUCUACAGCGAUUCGAGCAAAAUUUCUUCGAAAAAUCCAAACCAAGCCGCAUCAUGAUAGAAUAAUGUGUGGACCAAUAACUGAUCAAAUAUUUAUCUCAUCUACCUACAAAUAGUUGAAUAUGAUACAAAAGAUGACUUUAUGGUGAUAAAUACUACUAAUAGACCUCUUUGUCUUCCUUAUAAGGUCUCUUUUGGUCCAUUUAUACCUCUCAUUUCAUCACAAUUUCUACUUUUUAGGCCAAUAAAUAAAAUUUUUGGGGUAACUUUCACUCAUUUAUGAUAGAAAUGUUAUUAUAAAUGAUUAAUUGAAGUAUUCAAGCUAAAUGAACUAUCCGUAUGAAAGUUUACUGUCUUCAAGGAGAUUUCAAUAAGUCCUUACGUAAAACUUAAAUUUACGCCGCGUUCCAGAGAGGGACAUAAAAAGCUUCUCUUUUGGUGAAUGAUUUGUUGUUACUGCUUUAAAAAUAAUUUCAUUUACUUAAAACUAUAUAUUUAUUACAGUAUUUCUUAGGAAAAAUUUUCUACUAUAGCAGAAUAUAAGAAAUAAGGAGAAAAAGCUCCCCAAGCCUCUAAGUAUGGCUUGUUCUGUCAACUAAUAUUCUUGGUAAAGUCCUAUUUCAAGGACAUUUUCUCAUAAAAUGUGUUUGGAGACUCAAUCCACUCAGACUAUUCAUUAUUUGUAAUAUUUUACUUAAAUAGCAAGAAAUUUUAACACAUUCAAAGUAUUCACAAGGUCAAAGGUGCAUGUACAGCUUCCCAUAUUUGGUGUAAUACCACCAUUGAUUUUCUCUUAUUAGUAUUUGUUAAAUUUGCACUUUUCAAAAAAUUGUGCAGAAUGUAUCUUCGUUUCAAAUAAAGAAAUACUUGGCAUUAGUAAAGUUUUAUCCUGUCUAGUACUAUAGAAAAAAUUUCACAUAACAUUUCAUUGCAUAUAAGAAAAUAACCAUCACUGAAAGUUAACCAAUCAAAUCCCUCCCCCCUUUUUAACCUGUGUACAAGCUUUAGUAACCAUGUAACCUCAAGUUUCCAAAAUAUUCUAUAGAAACCCCAAAUAAAAAUAAAUAAAUGUAGGAUCAAUUACCCACAACUGUCAAAUGCAAAGGGAAUAUUUUUUUCGACCUAUUUUCGUAUGCAAAAGGAUGUGACGUACUAUGAUUUGGUGGUAUUACACCUUUUAGAAUUGAGGUAAUGCAAAACUACAAUGGAUUAGCUUUAAAUCCACAAAUUUAGAAAGCACGUUACUAUACAUAACAGCCAGAAGCUCUAGAUUUUGUAAAUCUUAAAUUUCGGAAAAAGGCUUUUGAAGCAAGCUCUGCCUUUGGUAUAUUAAUGACAUACAUUUUGUUCUCUAUACGGUGAAAAUACGUAGAAAAAUAUAUAAGGACCAACUAGUAUUCACUGAACCUAAGGGAAAGUCGUUAAUUUAUCAUAUAUUCAACGUAUCAUCCAAACAUGUUGAAUUAAUGAAUUUCUUCUCUUCACAUUUAUAUUUGUUAACUACCAGAUAUUACAUGAUCGUCAACGUAUAUCUGGUUCACAUUACUUAUUCAAAACACGUUUCCUGUUGACAUUCCAGUGAAUCUCAAUAUUACGUAUUUCUUAUUCUACCCUCUGUGUUGACAUUAACCUUUUCACAACGUUAGGGACAACUAUAUCUCGUAAUAUGUUGGCAAAACAGAGAUAGGGACAUAUGACCUCGUUUUAGUAUGACAACAAAUUAUGUCUCCGGCCAAUGGGUUAAUAAUUAACUUAUUUCUUUAAAUUUGGGAAAGACGUCUUUCAACAGCAAAACUUAAGGUUGUGAUAUUUUGAGUAAAUCAGUUAUAUUUUAUCAGAAAGUUCUGACGAUUUUAAAACCUUUUUAGUCUUCCCUAUUACUGCUAAUUCAUUAAAUUUUAUGUCACUUUAAAGGGAUCAGUGAAAAAUCUGUUUCUGGUUAUGUCUUGUCGUUAACGACAGUUGUUAACCUGCAGCCAUCGCUAUAUGUACAGUUAGCUUUAUUUAGUAGUAAGUAAAAUUUGACUUAUCAUGUACUGUAAUUAAUAUCCUUGUUCAAUAACUCUAGACUGGUUGGUUGCUGUACUUUCCAUUUUUUCAACUGUGUGUAUUACUGUUAACAUAUUGUAUAUAUAAAGGCAAAGUUUGAGCACAUUUGCAAUUAGUUUGGUUUGAUCCCACCUAAUAUUGUACCUGUACCAAAUCAGGCUAUAUGGAUUAUAUGUUGUCCGUUUAUUGUAUGUAUUUUUAGAGUUUUAUUUCUUGGGCGUUUGUGCUUAGUAUUGAUUUUUUUUCCUGUUCAAUUAUUUUUUUGUUAUUCCUGUUUUCCUUUUUAUAUGUUUUAUAAGAUUUAAGAUACUAGAAUUUUUUUAUUAAUAAUAUAUGAAUUUUAUUUACACACGAACAGUAGUAUUUAUUGACGUGCUGCUAUAAAGAGUCUGGUGUUCAUUGAAAGUGUACCCUGUUAAUUUGUGUCAUUUUAACAUUUCUAGUAAAAACAUGUAUAAUAAUAUUAACUGAACUAUAACUGCAGAUAUUAUAUUUUUCAGCUUAUCUUUAGCAUGUUUAAAUAUGAAGUUAUGUUUGUCUUCAAUUCACUGUUUUAAUUCUAUACUGAUUGCACAUUAAGAUAAAAUAACAUACUCGUUUUCUUUAAACUGUUUGAGCACUCUAGUAAAUCUCAGUAUUUCUCUUAUCAUAUUGUACAUGUUAAGAACUACUAUUUUGUACACUGUUAUCUGGAAUAUUGUUUGUUUUUAUUUCUUUGUGUGUUUCAAAAGCAUUUGAUGCCAUACUUUGCAGAUUUGAAAAAAAAUACAAAUAAAAUUAAAUUGGAAUGCAAAA